AUGCGCCAUCGAUCGUCGCCAGCGCCAGCCUGUCCACGCCCCAUACUCACCCCACUCUCGCCACCCGCUGCCCAGACCCCGCCGCCCGAACGCUCCCCGCCGUCCGUACGCACCCUCGUCGCCCCCCCCCCCACUACCAUGCCUGCCUGCUUCUGUGUUUGCGCGAUAGUGGAAGGGGUGGGAAGGGAGGCGGGGAAAAUGGAGGUGGCGGCUCAGGGGGGAGGCUAUGGGGGCCCUUGUCCUGCCCCGUUCUACCUGUGCUGCCCCGUUGUGCCUGUGUUGCCCCGUUCUGCCUGUGUUGUCCCAUUCAGCCCGUGUCCUGCCCCGUUCAGCCCGUGUCCUGCCCCGUUCAGCCCGUGUUGCCCCGUUCAGCCCGCGUCCUGCCCCGUUCUGCCCGUGUUGCCCCGUUCUACCCGUGCUGCCCCGUUCUGCCCGUUUGUGCCCUACCCGUGUUGUCCGUACCCAUUCGUGCCCCACCCGUGCUAUCAGUUCUCGCUCGUGCCCCACCCGGUCUGUGCUGCCUGGUCUCGUGCUGCCCGUCACCCUCGUGCGGCCCGUGCCGUACAGCACCUAGUUGCCACCCGCACCUGCUACCUGUACCCGUACUCCUCGCACACCGUGCACCUGCUGCGGGGCGUUCAACUGCAGCCGAGCACCUGUUCCACCGCGGUGGUUCAGAUGCUGCUUGGUGGUUGCUGCUUGUCAGCUUCAGAGGGGGCCCCUUGCUGGUGUUCCGACACCCUGUAA